UUUCUGCAAACAGCUGUUUUUUGUGUACUUUUUUUCGGCUCAUCCAAAUGGUCAGCGAAGAAUGACGAAUAACCUAAAUUGAAUGGAAAACCAGAGUGAGAUCGAAGUUGGAGUUACAAUGGAUAAGGAAAAUGUGAUUCUCGAACGCCUGCCCCAAAUCCCGGUGGUCACCUCGGUGACCUGCUGCUUCGUUCUGGCCGUUCUCUACGUGGGAAGCCUGUACAUUUGGAGCACCAAACACAACCGGGAUCAUCCGACGACGAUUAAGAGAAGAUUUGCCAGCGUUUCCAUGGUGAUGGUGGUGGCCCCCGCCUUUGUUUACUUCUUCUCAUCGCCGGAACUCCUGGGCAGGGAACCAUUCGCCAAACUGUUGGGUUUUCGCCUGGAGGGAUUGUGGCAGGCUGUGGUGAUUCCCUAUGGACUGACGGUGCUACUCUUCCUGGGACCCAUCUUUGUCAACAUGCAGAACGAGUCCAUACGCUCCUACUUUGAUCUGGAUUACUGGCGCGGUUCCUUUGGCAGCAUCAUCUGGGUGCGCAACCAUGUGAUGGCUCCGUUGAGCGAGGAGUUUGUCUUCCGCGCCUGCAUGAUGCCCCUGAUCCUGCAGAGCUUCUCACCGCUCGCCGCCGUCUUCAUAACGCCGCUCUUCUUUGGCGUCGCCCAUUUGCAUCACAUUGCAGAGCGUUUGAGUCUGGGCGUGGAGCUGAGCACUGCCCUGCUGAUUGGACUGUUCCAGUUCAUCUACACCACGUUGUUUGGAUUCUAUUCCGCCUUUCUGUUCGCCCGAACGGGUCAUGUGGUGGCUCCCAUUUUGGUGCACGCCUUCUGCAAUCACAUGGGUCUGCCGGAUCUGCAGGAUCUGUGGCAGCAGGAUCUAUUGCGACGAGUGGUGGCCAUUGUCCUCUACGUGGCUGGUUUUGUCGGUUGGAUCUUUCUGCUGCCUCUGGCUACGGCUCCUGAAAUAUAUAAAAACACACUCUACUGGAAUGUAUAGUCAAAAUAUCAACCACUGCCAUAUGACAAAGUAAUGCUAUAUGUACAUAAAUAUUCUUGUAUGUAUCAUGUUUAGGUAUAAAGUUCAAAUCGAA